AUGCCCCCCUGCUUCAUAACCAGCCUCGCCCUCCUCCGCCCUCUGCACAGCCACACCCGUCCCCCCUCCCAGCCCCGCCGCCCCCCGCGCCUCGCCCCGAUGCCGCCCUCCACCGCCGCCACCACGCCCGCGCCCGCGCACGUGCCCGCCAAGCGGGAGCUGCCGCCGUCUGCGUCCGCUGCGCCUGCCAAGCGCGACCGCGCGACGCCCGCGCCCGCGGAGGACGCGCUGCAAGUCGUGCUGCUGAACGAGCACGCCACGGCGCCGGCGCGCGGCUCGCCGCUGGCCGCGGGCUUCGACCUGGCCGCCGCGGCAGCGUGCGUGGUGCCGCCGCGCGGCCGCGCCGUCGUCAAGACGGGGCUGCAGGUGCGCAUCCCCGCUGGGUGCUACGGGCGCGUCGCCCCGCGGUCCGGGCUCGCCGUGAAGAAGGGCAUCGACGUGGGGGCUGGCGUCGUGGACGCAGAUUAUAGGGGGGAGGUCGGCGUCGUGCUGUUCAAUUUCGGAGAAGAGGACUUCAAGGUUAGCGUCGGGGAUAGGGUCGCGCAGCUGGUGCUGGAGAAGAUCUCGACGGUCGGGGUGCAACUCGUGGAGAAGCUGGAUGAGACGGAGAGGGGAGCUGGGGGGUUCGGGUCUACUGGAGUGGAGAAGAGUCAGUGA